AUGGCGGCGCCGGUGAUGUCAGUGGAGGAGAUGCUGGAGUGUCUGAGGAGAGAGGCGGAGGUGCGGGGGCCUGGCUGGCUGCAGGAGCAGGUGGUCACGGUGGAUGCGGGACCAGGAACGGUGGACCGGCCCGGGCCUUCCUACAGCGGGCGGUCCACUCUGCUUCAUGAUGGGAUCCGGGUGCCUCGGGCUGCAUUGGAUGGAGGGGAAUACCCGUGCAGGCCCAGGGAAGAUCAAGGCGGAGAUGAAAAGUGUCCCCUCGUCGUCGCAGACGCCGCGUUUCCGGCUCGUGGGUCUUCCAGCGUGGUCCAGAGGGUCGUGCAGGUGGUCCAGGAGGAGCAGCCGUCGACAUCCAGGAGCUACGCCGGUAAAGUGUCGGUGCGACGGGAGUCUGGAUCAGCGGCAGCGGGAGUCACAGCACCCGUGGUGCCUGGUGUGGCGGCGGCCUUGGUGUGGAUCUUGGGUCACUCCUAUGCUUUUUGGGGGGCGAUCAGAGAGGAUGUGCGGCCGUGUGGGCGCCAGUUGGGUUUUAGUCCGGAGUUAGCGACGGUCAGCACCGAAGAUAAGAUGUAUGCUUGCUUACAGAAUAAGCUAAUCUAUUUUUUGGGAGACUCAACAGCGCGACAAUGGUUUGAAUAUUUGGUAAAAACACUAAAAGAAUUCAAGAACUUUGAUCUCCACCGUGCUGGUCUGUAUUCAAAGUUUUUUGCAGCAAAUGAUAAAAGGAAUACACUGCUGUUCUUUAAGAAGCAUAGUCACCCUUUUGUUACAACACGUGCCUAUGUUGUUAAAGAUGACUCUUACAUGAGUGAUGAGAUUGAUCACAUAGAAGGAGGUCCACACCAUGUGCUUGUCCUCUCAAUUGGGCAACACUUCAGGCUCUUCCCAAUUCAGCUCUUCAUCAGGAGAGUUUUCAAUGUGCACAGAGCUGUGGAAAGACUCUUCAUAAGGAGUCCAGAUACAAAGGUCAUCAUCAGAACUGAGAACACCAGAGAAAUCCGGGAUGCAGAGAGAUUGAGCGACUUUCACGGCUACAUCCAAUACCUGAUUGUUAAGGAAGUCUUCAAAGAUCUUCCCAUUGCUACAGUUGAUGCAUGGGAUAUGACAACUGCCUUCAAUACAGAUAACGUCCAUCCACCGGUGACUGUAGUCAGGAACCAGAUAUACAUGUUCUUGUCAUAUAUUUGUUCUUAACAUAUUUAAAGGGUAUCUGUCAACAGAUUUGUACCUAUGAAACAGUCUGAAAAGUUACAUGUGCACUUAGUAGCUGAAGGCAUCUAUGUUGGUCCCAUGUUCAUAUGCUUUAUUACAUGCAAAUGAGCAUCUAGGAGCAAUAGAGGUGCUAUUGUUAUACCUAAAGGCUCCACUUCCUCUGUAAAUGCUGCGGCCCUGCACUCUGAUUGACAGGACCAGACGUGAUCAAGUUUACACUACUUGGCCCUUCCAAACUUGACUCCUUUUACAAGUAUACGGUACAAAGUAAAUAUAGAGUCAUUAAAAAUUUUCUGUAGUUUCCAACGUAAUCACUCACAACCAAAGGCCCAGAAUGUGAUGUUUAUAGUUUCGUGCCCAGGGAUCUUCUUCAGCUUACUGGUCAAGCAUGCUCAGUUCCAGCACUAGGAGAUAUAGGAGGGUGUAACUGGGAACUAAUGUGAGAGGCUCAGCAGCAAGGGAGCACAGUAUGAAAUGCAAAGUGCGGGAGAGACUGACUCUUCAGGUGCCAUCAGAAUAUAUGGUAUGUCAGCAGUGGAUGAUGGUAACUGUAGUCUGCAACCCAUAUGGGAUGUAGCUACAGACAAGACCACUCUUGCUGCACUGGGAAGGAGACCCAUUAUGCUGCACCUCAGGCCUUCACUAUAGCUUCCCUCUAGUCCCUUCAGAACUGGCUAAUAUUACAGUGGAACUGACUGCUCCCUGCUAUCCGGUUCAUUGGGUUUGAGCUCGGCACCACUCAUUCCUCUCUGACUCCCCUCAGACGGAUAUUAUCGCCAUAGCAUACUCCCCCCACAGUCAACUCUAGUAAGGAUGAUGGCACAUUCUGUCUAUACCGCUUCAGCAUUAUCCUACACAGAACACUGCAAACCACCCUCCCUAGUUGUUUACAAGUGGAUGCUCCAUUAGCUCUACUG